AUGCCUCUGAUUCGAAAACGAAGAGCCACCGACCAAGCCCCAGAGUCAGACUCGGGUGAAGUCUCGCCCCGCCGCCAAAGACCAAGAAGCUCAUCCUCAGAAGCUGAAAUGUCCGACGACGCAGCAUCCGCGUCCUCGACAAACGCAAUGAUUCAGAAGAUGGUCCGCCUCGCGUUAUCAAGCGAGUACUCGCGUCUACCGAUCCGGCGCGCCGACAUUAGCGCCAAAGUCCUCGGCGAGCAGGGCUCACGACAAUUCAAGACUGUCUUCGAGAGCGCACAGCGCGAACUACGAGAGAAAUUCGGGAUGGAGAUGACGGAGCUUCCGGCGCGUGAGAAGACUACAAUUACACAGCGACGAGCCGCGCAAAAAACAGAGAAACCAUCCAGCACCAACAAAUCCUGGAUCCUUACCAGUACUCUCCCUACGAAAUUCCGCACCCCGUCAAUCCUACAGCCAACGAAAGCACCCUCCACAACGACAGAAAGUACCUACACAGCCCUAUACACAUUCAUCAUCGCCGUGAUCUCUUUGAAUGGUGGAACGCUAGGGGACCAAAAACUGGAACGAUACCUCGUGCGCAUGAACGCGGACCAAUACACGCCCAUUGACAAGACGGAGAAACUUCUCCAACGGCUGUGCAAGGAGGGAUAUAUCGUUAAGAUGCGGGACAUGGAUGGCGGCGAGGAGAUCAUUGAGUAUAUGGUUGGACCGAGGGGGAAGGUUGAGGUGGGGAGUGGGGGUGUUGCGGGGCUUGCGAGGGAAGUCUACGGGCUUAGGGAUGGGACGGAGGGGCGAGAGGAGUUUGAAGCCAAGUUGAGGAGAAGUCUUGGGAUUGUUGGGGUUAUGGAGAGGAGGGAGGAGGAAGAGGUAGAGGAUAGGGCUAAUGGGACGGGGGCUGGGGUGGAAGAUGGGGGUGAGGAGAGAGUUGCGACUAGGAGGUCGAGGAGAGUUGAGCAGGAGAGUUCCUCUUCUGAAGAGGAAGAGGAGGGUAGUGAUUCUGAUUGA